AUGAUCAGUGCAAGUACGAACAUCAACUAUAUGAUUCGGCAACGAAUAUGGCGUCUUCAAGGCACCAGGCAACUUGCCACGAGUACUAGGACCACCAAGCGAGAUACCGAACAGCGAUAUAAACGCGAGAAGGUCUCAAACCAAACAAAACUUUCAAAUGAACCCGCAGAUACAACUAGAGAGAUUUUAGAUCAAACCAAAAGUACAUAUUAUGAUCCAGAAAACACCACUUUAAACUUAAACUUACGCAAUAAAGAGCUACUUCGGCAGAUCAGACAAGCCACAGAAGACAGAAUGAAAAAACGAUACGAAAUACCGUCUCUGAAUUGGAGUGAAUCAUUGAAGAAACAGUUCAGCAAAAACUAUUCCAAAAAGUUCACCGAUCAGCUACAAAGGUGUUUGGAUAACGCUGCAAUAUCUCCAGACUCAAUAACAAAGCCGCUAGGUGUUGGAGACUUGGUUACACUAAGUGACGAUACUAUGGAAUUAUACAUAGUAGUUGCCCAGCCCGAGACAAUUGGCUCGAAUGCCUAUACAUUUAUCAACAACGAAGGUGAAAUAGUGUACGGGUCCAAGUUCAUGAUUCAAAUGCGGUUUCCUGGAGUAAUAGACAAGGAACUUGUGGAGACGCUCAAAACGUUCGUUCAGCUCGAACGCAAGUACGAAAAUGUUGCGCCCAUAGGAGUGUCUGAUGCUUCGUUUUCUCGAUCCGAAGAGUCUGCUCCACCGCUGAUGAGGCAGGCUGGGGAAAAGAAUACAAAAGAAGAUGUAAGCGAGCCAGAAGACUCCGACCUCAACACUGAAUUUAUCGUUGCUCUGGCGUCGUCACAAUUGCUCACUAAUUCAAAUGUGAACACCUUUUUCGUGCCCACUUCAGCUCGUGAACUGUACUCGAAAUCCCUUACCAGCAUAUCUUUAUCAGCAUUUAACCAAGUGCCCCAGAUUUCUCGGAGACUUGAGGUUUUGCAUCGAGCUCUUCAGUAUACGGAAGACGGUGAUAUCUUGGAUUCUCCCAAGACUGUCUACAUUUUUGACAUGUUGAGGUACUUGCAACUAUUUGAUGAGAUUGACGUACCACAAGAACCUAUGGAUACUUUCUGCCGUAGACUCAAGGCCUCAAUUGACGAGAAACUUCACCAAUUUGAAGAAGACACUUCUCAUUUGGGAAAAUUAGUACCAAAGAUGAAAGAUGUUGUGGACAGACCUUUUCAUGUUUCUACGUUUCUCGCUUCAAUUAUAGCUAUGAGGACCCAGGGUCGUCUUUGGAAGGUGAACCAGCAAGGUUCAAGUAAUCCUCCAUUGAGUGUAACCGUCUUACCCUUGAAAGAUGCACAACUUAUUGAGUCUACGUUGGCUCUUCUCAUGAGCAGCAAUGGAGAAAGCGCAUUUGCAGCUGAUUUUGUGGGUGUAGUCAACGGUAAGAAGUCUAUGAGUUCCAAGUUUUUGGGAGUAAUUCAGCUUUUUCGAGACUAUGUGGCUGGAAAUUUCACCAAUGAUACUGCAAUCGAGGCAAAAUUGGUCCUGGUGAUUCGUUUAAUUGACAAGCAGUUGCACCGCCGUGAAGAUGAUGUUCCUCUUUUAUAUGAAUACUCGCGGGCUCGAUGCUACGAAUUGCUACAGCAAUAUGAGUCCGUUGACAAAAGCUGGAUCGAGAACCCGUCCGCAUGGAAUGCUUCGCUUUUGUCUUCAAGUCCAGGAAUUCUGUUGAAAUCAGACCUCAAUUCUGACUUUUACAACUAUCUAAGUGCGACUGCUUUAAAUCAGCAAAGAGUUGAAGAAAUUGAAGACACAGAGUUUCAAACGGAAGAUCCGCUUGUGCUGCACCGUGAGUCCUUUGGACCCGUUCCCAUCUACUGUAUAGACUCGGAACAUGCCCACGAAAUUGACGACGGAAUUGCAAUCACCAGCGAUGAGAACAACUACAAGAUUCUGGUUCAUGUUGCCGAUCCCACGUCGUAUGUUCGGCUAUUUUCCAACCUCAGCAACGUUGCAUUUGAAAAAGGUACAACCACAUAUCUUCCUGAGGGCCCCAUAAUGAUGCUUCCCAAGUUUGUUUCUGAAAUUUGUGGUCUUGGGUCGACAAACGAAACAAGAACGUUUGUUGUAGAAUUCGAGAUUUCAAAGAGCCUUUUGCAAGAGUUUCGAAACCCGCAGAGCCACGGCGACCAAAUACAAAGUGUGCUUGAAGCGGUCGCAAAUCAGGUCAAGACCAGCUCCAAUGUUCGAUAUUGCACCGCAACCAAUUUCCCUCAAAAGUUUACAUAUUCCAAGGUGAACGAGGUGCUCAACUCGCCAACUUUAAGUGACGACACCAAAAGCUGUGAGCAUGCCAAGAACUUGGUCAACUUGUACGAUGUAGCCCGGCUCCUCCAUAAUGCUCGGGUAUACACCGGAAACGCAAUUGACACAGAUAUACCGAGGUCUUCAGUUCUGGUGAGUUAUGCCCAAAAAGGCAAGCCAGGGCUUGUGGAGUCAGAACAUGGAUACGAAAUGACGCUCCAGCACACCCAUGGCGAUAAAGGGUACCCAGUCAUUAGCAUUGGAACAAAUCCCGACCAAGCAGCAGACUCCAAGUCGCAGACUCUAGUUUCCAAUUUGAUGGUUGCAGCCAACACUGCCGCUUCCCAGUUUGCAUCCAGUCAUGGAAUCGAGCUAGUUCAUCGAGCGCAAGAAAUCAGUUUGGAAAAGAGCGUCUUGGAACAGUUGCAAAAUCUCACCAGAAGAAGAUAUGAAACAGCGACGCCAUUGUCAGUCGAGGAAACGAGUCAAGUAUUGUCGGUGCUAACGUCAGCCAAGUACAAAGUGGGAAGAGAUCGGCAUGAGGCGUUGGGAGUGGAAGGCUACGCCACAGUUACGUCUCCAUUACGGAGGUACGUAGAUAUGGUCAACCACUGGAAAUUCCAAGAGUAUUUUUUGGGCAAGCCAUUGUUACUGUUGGAACAACUACACUACAUUUGCCAUCAUCUACAAGCCCGGGAACUCAUUAAUAAGCAGGUUCAAGUUGCUUCGAGCAAGUUUUGGGAGGGUAUUUUUUUCCGGGAAUAUACGCGGGAACAGCGCCAGAAAAUUAAUUUCCAGCUAUUACUACGAAGUCACCCCCAAUUUGGCGUUGUCCGCGUCAACGUGGUGGGGUUUAACAAUCUUCGAGCCAAAUUGGAACCGACACCAAACCUUAUUCAAAAGUUUAAAGAUGGCACAUUUACGGUGGGAAAGGUGGCUGAAGGACCAUUUGAGAUAUCCAAACUCGAUCUUAUCGAAGAUGAAGUGUGCUUCAGGUUGAGUGAGUAA